UUUCUUCUUGUGAAUUUCCUGAAACUGAAACGCCACGAAGAGGAGGAAAUAGGCGUUUGAUUUUCUGCUAUGUCGAGCAAAAUGAUAGGUGGUGUAGAAUCCCCAGUACAGAUCCCAGCAACCUUCAAUCAAGCUCAAGUUUUCUCAUCUGCAAGUAGCAUCAUUAUCAGUAGAAAAAUUAGUUGCUCCAAUCGGAACAAGAAUCAGAAUCAUAAUUUUUGCCGUUUCACGUUAAGGCCUCAUUAUGCUUCAUUUUUAACGAGGAAAAAUCCUAAUCCCACUUCAUUUACAGCUUUUGUUAGUAAUUCUUCUUUCGACGCCGCUCAACCACCACCUCCAGACUCUAAACCAAAUCAGGGGGACGAUGCACCUAGAAAGGUACCAGAUGUUCAAACGCUGGUGAAGAGGUUCUGGAAAGUGGCUGCUCCAUAUUGGUUUUCAGAUGAUAAAACCCAGGCGAGAUGGCGGCUAGCUACUGUUUUUGCCCUUACUUUAGGAACCACUGGAAUCAGUGUUACCUUCAAUUUUCUCGGCCGUGACUUUUAUAAUGCCCUUGCAGACAAGGAUCAAGCACGGUUUACCACGCAACUGUUGUACUAUCUUGUUGGUUUUGCUGGUGGAAUUCCGGUAUUUGUUCUGAGAGAUUAUGCAAAAGAUACUCUUUCUUUGCGAUGGAGAUCUUGGAUGACAAGCUAUUACAUGGAUCGCUAUCUAAAGAAUCGGACAUUUUACAAAAUACAAUCUCAAUCAAUUAUUGAUAACCCUGAUCAACGGAUUGUUGAUGAUUUAAGUUCCUUCACGGGAACGGCUCUUGCAUUUUCAUUGACACUCUUCAAUGCUACCGUGGACUUGAUAUCUUUUAGUAAUAUCUUAUAUGGUAUAUAUCCACCUCUUUUUAUUGUCCUUCUGGCAUACUCGCUUGGUGGAACAGCGAUCAGUGUCUUCCUUGGGAGGGGAUUGGUUACUCUGAACUUCUUGCAAGAGAAAAAAGAAGCCGAUUUCCGUUAUGGACUAGUGCGUGUUAGGGAAAAUGCUGAAUCCAUUGCAUUUUAUGGUGGUGAGGAAAAUGAGAUGCAACUCCUGCUGCAGCGGUUCAGAAGCGCAUUUGAAAAUCUCUCUAAAUUGUUGAUAUCUUCCAGAAAUCUGGAGUUCUUCACCAGUGGCUACCGAUACUUGAUCCAGAUUCUUCCCGCUGCAGUUGUUGCACCCAUGUAUUUCUCCGGAAAAAUUGAAUUUGGAGUAAUCAAUCAGUCUGUUUCUGCUUUUAAUCACAUUCUCGGAGAUUUUUCUCUCAUUGUGUACCAAUUUCAGGCUAUCAGUGCCUUUUCUGCUGUCAUUGACCGACUAGGUGAAUUUGAUGAUGUAUUAAGUAGUGACACCAGAAAUGAUGGCGAAUCCAUGGAAGAAAUUGAGCGUGAGUACUGCAGUACAAACAGUUUUAGUGCAUUGAAUUCUAAUGGAUCGAUGCCACUUGCUGUAAGUGUGAAAUUACUAAGCAUUGAGCAUUUGACUUUAUUAACUCCAAGCAAAGCAACUCUUAUCAAGGACUUGUCAUUGGAGAUUUGUGAGAAGGAGAACCUGCUGGUUACAGGGCCAAGUGGAAGUGGUAAAACUUCAUUAUUGAGAGCCAUAGCUGGGCUCUGGAAUUUUGGACGGGGAACAAUCACAUUCUAUAACAAAAAUGCAAGGAGUCCCAAGCCAUGUGUUUCCACAGGCAUGGAUUCUGGUGAAGUAACUUCUGUGAGUGAGACCAAUCCAGAUCACAAUAGACACAGAGAGAGAAAUUCAAGUGUACUUUUCCUUCCUCAAAAACCAUACAUGGUUUUAGGGAAUCUUCGUCAACAAUUGCUUUAUCCUACUUGGAGUGAAGAUCCGACUUCUGUGUCAGAUAGUAAUAAACCAACUGGUAUGACAUGUUUUGAUCUUGUUACCAUGUAUUUAAUACUUUCUCUCACAACGUGUCUGAAACAAGAUUUAUUGCCAGUCAAAGCUACUUGUGAAUGUAGAGCACUCAUCCAUAUAAUUACUUGGCAAUGACUUUGGUUUGUGAUUAUUCGUUAAUGCAUAUGCUAUGCUUUUAAUCAAUGGACAAUUAAUAAAAAAUAUAUCAAUUCUAUACCUGAAUUUUUAGGGGUUUAUAUUCGAAAUAAACUAAUAUGGAUUAUUGUUUUACUA